AUGGGUGACUGGAGCUUUCUGGGGAGACUGUUAGAGAAUGCACAGGAGCACUCCACAGUUAUUGGCAAGGUUUGGCUGACGGUACUGUUUAUCUUCAGGAUACUGGUGCUGGGGGCUGCUGCUGAAGAGGUCUGGGGAGACGAGCAGUCAGACUUUACAUGCAACACUCAGCAACCUGGUUGUGAAAACGUUUGCUAUGACAAAGCUUUCCCCAUUUCUCACAUCCGCUUCUGGGUGCUGCAGAUCAUUUUUGUGUCCACUCCAACCCUCAUCUACCUGGGCCAUGUGCUGCACAUUGUACGAAUGGAGGAGAAGAGGAAAGAGAAAGAAGAACUGAAAAAGAAGGGGAGCAUCAAAGACAGCAACUACCCAGGAACAGCAGUGUCUGGCAGUGGUGGUGGAGGAGGCAGCAAUAGCUUCAAGGAUCCUCUUGGUAAAAGGGGAAAAGAGAAGCUCCCGAUCCGUGAUGAACGUGGUCGAAUCCGUAUGGGGGGUGCCCUGCUCCGUACAUAUGUCUUCAACAUAAUUUUCAAGACAUUGUUUGAGGUGGGAUUCAUUGUGGGUCAGUACUUCCUAUAUGGCUUUGAGCUAAAACCAGUUUAUCAAUGCAGCCGCUCACCUUGCCCACACACUGUGGACUGCUUCAUCUCAAGACCCACUGAGAAGACCAUCUUCAUCAUCUUCAUGUUAGUGGUGGCCUCUGUCUCCCUACUGCUGAACAUGCUUGAGAUAUAUCACUUGGGGUGGAAGAAGCUUAAGCAGGGCAUGACAAGCCAGUACAGCCUUGAGAUGCCUGUUGCAACAAUGACACCAGUCAUGGUAACAGGGGAGUCCAAACCUGUUUCCCUGCCACCACCAGCACCACCCGUGGUGGUAACAACUGUUGUGCCCACCCCUGUUCUGCCUGACACCCGUGCUGUCACACCAUUGCUGGCCCCAGUGACCAUGGCACCGUGUUAUGCUGCGGCUGCUCCAAGACCACGACCCCCCUCCAACACAGCCUCUGUGGCCAGCUACCCUGUUGCUCCACCAGUUUCUGAGGAGAGGCAUCGUGCUGUGACCCCCACACCCAUCUCCACUCCCAUUACCAUCCCAACCCCCAUCCCCACACCAACACCAGCUGUCAUCAACUACUUCAACAGCAACAGCCAUGCCCUGGUGGCUGAGCAGAAUUGGAUCAACAUGGCAGCUGAGCAGCAGGGGAAGGCACCCUCCAGCUCCACAGGAACCUCUACCCCCAGCAGUGUCCGGCACCCUCUUCCAGAGCAGGAAGAGCCACUGGAGCAGCUACUCCCACUCCCAGUGGGGCCGCCCAUUACUGCAGCCAACAGUGGCAGCAGCACCAGCCUGAGCGGCGCAAGUGGCAGCAAGUGGGAUGUGGAGGGUGAGGAGGAGCUGUCAGAAGAACGGCCUGUCUCUCCUGCCUGCACCACUGUGGAGAUGCAUGAGCCACCGCUGCUCGUAGACACGCGGCGCUUGAGCAGGGCCAGUAAGUCGAGCAGCUGCAGAGCCAGGUCAGAUGACCUGGCUGUGUAGUGAGGUCGCCUCUCCUCCGAGGAGCGGGUGGUGGAAGGCAGAGAGGGCAGGGGAGCUGCUCGGGGCAGCCAGGCCUCGCAUGGUGGGAUGGCCUGGGCUUCAAACUUUGACGCUUGCUGUUUUUGCACUCU